AUCACGUGAUUUAUUGACGCAUCGAACAAGCCGCGAUAUUUCAGCCCAACGUAGGUUGGUACUUGAAGCAGUUGGAGCUACAAUUUGCUAACAAACUGUAGCAUUUUUACACACAUUUUGUGAUAACUUCCUGAACGUUUCUUGUUGGUUUUGUUUAUUCAAGAGAAGAAGAGCACAGCGGGGACUGCGUUUAUCCGCGCCCAGUUGUCGGGCACGUAUUUACUGAGAAGUUAUCCCGUGUUUAAUUAGCCAGCUUUGUGGUACGAAGUAGGUCACAGCUCCUUUUUGACUCCGGAUUUCUGUUUCUUCCGUCGCACCACAAAGGUUUGCAAUCAUAUAAACAAUGGUUUUGCUCAAACGUCUCCAUCCACCGACCGAGGGAGUACGACAUGAGCAAGCAGACACCACGGCGGUGAUGAACGGUCAGAGGCUGGGCUGCGGCACGCUAUACGUUGCCGAAACACGCUUGUCAUGGUUUGAUGGCUCAGGGAUGGGUUUCUGUCUGGAGUAUCCCACCAUCGGUCUGCAUGCCAUCUCCAGAGAUGUCAGCACUUACCCUCAGGAGCACCUGUAUGUCAUGGUCAAUGGCAAACUUAGUGAUGAGAAUGAGGCAGAAAUGGCAGAGAAAGCAGCUGAUGAUGAAGACCAUGAUGGUAGCAGCAGUGAUGAUGAUGAUGAUGAUGAGGGAGUGAUCACAGAGAUUCGAUUCGUGCCCAGUGAUAAGGCAUCAUUGGAAACCAUGUUCUCAGCAAUGUGUGAGUGCCAGGCGUUGCACCCGGAUCCAGAGGACGAGGACUCUGACAAUGACUUUGAAGGAGAGGAGUAUGAUGUGGAGGAAGCCGAGGCAGAGCACGGCCAUGCUGACAUCCCAACUUUCUACACCUGUGACGAGGGUCUGUCAGCGCUCACGCAGGAGGGCCAGGCCACGCUGGAGAGGCUGGAGGGAAUGUUAGCCGAAUCUGUCUCUCAGCAGUACCACAUGGCUGGAGUGAGGACAGAAGAAACAAAGGAUGAAUUUGAAGAUGGUAUGGAGGUGGAUGCUGAUGCAGUUGAGGCCGGUCAGUUUGAGGAUGCAGAUGUUGAGCACUAAUGGGAAGCAUCUCUGCAGCCAAGCAAAGCACAAGUGUUGCAUCACGGGACUGGAGAGAGGACAGCAGCACUUACUGAAGCCUGUCAGCUCUUAUCCAUACUCUCUACCCAUGUCAGUAAUUUUCUGUUCUCCUUUUUUAGAACUGUUUUUGCCAUGAGCUAAAAGUCAUCUCAGUGGUUGUUGCAGCUUCUCACAUCUGCUCAUGUGUUGUGUUGCAGCACACUGAUUGCAAUAUGUUGUUGUUGCUUUAUUUUCAAGCUGAUAUAAACAAACUGCUAUACUGCAUAUUUGUGAUGCAGCCAAGUGAACUAAUGUUAGUUAUUGAGAUGAAGCCCCACAUCCCUGGAUCCAGUUUUUGACUGUAUGACAAAACGCAUACUUUGUCUCUGUUUUGUACCUUGAGACCAAUUUAUUAAGAUUUUUCAGCAAAGGAGACUUGAUGUAUUUGUAUGAAAUAGUCAAUAAAUGAGUUUUUGUAUCUG